AUUUAUUAUGUUUUUUAAUAGUCCGCUGAACUAAUUUUUAUUAAAAUGUCUGUAUUGUUGCAGACAGGAAAAUUAUAUUUGUUAAGAAAGCCUUUUAGCAAAAGCUGCAGUAAAUAUAUAUUUCAUAGAAAAAAGUCGGAUGUACCACGAAAAUUUAUAAGUUUCGAUGAGAUUGUGGCUCAAAGGAGAGCGGAGGCGCGUCAAAGUCUUGUCGUUCAAGUGAAUUCCGAGUCGUCAUUCAACGAAUUGCACGGUUAUUGCUCUAAAUAUGCAACAAUCAAUGACAUUCAUCAUUAUAAAAAUUCAGCUGGAGAGCAUUUCAUGCUCAUCGAAUUUAGUUCAGAAGAAAAUCUUAAUAAUGUAUUACAAUCAUGCAGUUCACACAAAAAAGAAAUUGAUGUAAUGGGAGUCCAGUCGCCCUUCCUCUGGUUUAGAGCAACUUCUGUUAAGGAGAAGUAUGCUCAAAAUGUAACACACCUGGCCGUUAAAGAUGGGAGUUUAUCUGUAAAUGAAGAUGUUUUGUUUGAGGAACUCAUGAACUGCAGUUCAGUGUCUGAACAGAUACAGAUGUUGUAUGAUAGGACUGUGUUGAACGAUAUUGGAGUGCGGUUGAGAUAUAUGGUUGCUAGACAGUUGGAGACAGUAUUUAGUAGUCUGUAUGCAAAUAUUAAAGUGCAGCCAUUUGGUUCAUCUGUUAAUGGCUUUGGCAAAAUGGGCUGUGACCUAGAUCUUGUGCUUACCAACACAUUGACUGAUGAUCUGACAUCACAGAAAAAUCGGCUAGUAUAUCAAGAGAAGAAAUCUGAAGGAGGGCGAAGUCCAUGGCAAAGGCACAUGGAACUGGUGGGAGCAUUGCUGGAACUAAGGGUGCCCGGUGCUACAAGAGUGCAGAAGAUCCUGAAUGCGAGAGUUCCCAUUGUGAAAUACUCGCAUGACUUAGCUGACGUUGAUUGUGAUCUGUGCUGCAAUAACACGUCGGGCGUGUACAUGUCGGAGCUGCUGUGGCAGCUGGGCGCGCUGGACGCGCGCGUGCGGCCGCUGGCGGGCGCGGUGCGGCGCUGGGCGCGCGCGGCCGCGCUGACCAACGCGCACCCGGGCCGCUGGCUCACCAACUUCCCGCUCACGCUGCUGGUGCUGUUCUUCCUGCAGCAGCCGGCCAGCGGGCCCGUGCUGCCGCCGCUGCGGCGCCUGGUGGAGUUGGCCGGCAAAGAGGAUACACGAGUAGCCGAAGAGAAUCUCAAUUGCACAUUCCUACGAGAUCUAAACAAAUUACCCACAGAAUCGUACUCACAGAACACCGACGAUUUGCAGACUUUACUAUUUAAAUUCUUCGAGUUUUACUCUCAAUUCGAGUUCCAAGACAAAGCGAUAUCUAUUAACGAAGGCAGGCCUGUUCGGAAGCCUAACUCGUUGCCUCUUUACGUGGUGAACCCUCUCGAACCGGCUCUCAAUGUUAGCAGAAAUGUCAGUUACGAAGAAUGUGAAAGGUUACGUUUGGAAGUAAGGAACGCCGCGUGGCAUCUGGAAUCUUGCUUGGAUGGGCACAAAUCUGACGACUGGGGUAUCCUAGGGCUCAUCGAACAAAAGGCUUCUAGGGGCUUAAAGAAGUUACUGAGAGUGGGAAACUCCCACAGACUAGUGUCUAUGAAAGAUUUGUUCAACGAUAACGACGAACUUGAACCGUCCGCGCAGGGAAUAAGGUCGAAAUUGGAGAAGUUUAAAAAGACUGAAAAAUUAACGGAAGCGAGUGAUGUAACAAGAGGGGACAAAAAGAGUGAGAUGAAGUUCAAAAAUAGCCAGAGUGCCCGAGAAGUGUACAGGAUACGAAGGAAUAAACUCAUUUGAGAAUCUGUGCACUAACUUUUUUUGUUGUGUCUGUGUGGAUAUUGUGAUGUAUUGAGUGGUAGUAUUUGGAAUACUGAUGAAUGAUUCAAAUUUAUAUGUGUCCUUUGGUGAUGUCGCUCUGUAUAUGCCUUUUUAAAUUUAAUGUAAAAUAUUAGUACUGACAUUCUACUACAUUUUUUUCAGUGUCCCUUCUAUAAUUUCAAUACUUGGCUCGGUUUGGUUUUUUAAAUUAUUGUUUUACAAAGAUUUUGGUUUGAAGCGAUGGCUCAAUGGACGAAAAAGCUUACCAAAACGUAAAAUAAAAACAAACGACAGCAUCAUUACACAACAAACUUUUAAGGCCUACUCUAUUAAAUUGAAAGAGUGUAAACAGAUGCAAAGCAGUCUGUAGUUGUUCGCAAGAUUCUAUGGAAUAUUCUAAGAAUGCUCGCUUGCUCGAUGUUAACGGCAUUAGAGCGUGCAAACAAUUGCCUAGAGCGUUGUGUGAUCGCUCCCUAGUUCUAGCAAUGAGCAUUAGUUCUGCUGAGCUUAACAUUUACCCAAGAAUUCCAGUUCUUGGUUCUCAUUUUUGCUUGUUGAUAUUUUGGUGGUAACGCUGGCAACAAUCUUUCGUUUACACUGAAAUAAUGCUCUUAUUCUAGCCCUAGCUUUUUGUUCGUUUGGUAUAAACCCAUCUUUAGGUGUUAGCGAGAAUUAUUUAAACAGAAAGUUUAAGUGCCCUUUUGUGAGCUGUUCCAAUAAGCCCUCUGAAUUAUUGUCAAAUGUUUGUCUACAAGUCAAAAUGUACAUGUUGAUAAUUAUUCAGUUGUACACUUAACAUCACAUUAAAUUGGCAUGUCUAAAAGAUUUUCCAACUCUUACAGUGUUCCAUAUAGAAUAACAUAGCACUACUUUUAAACUAAGGUCCUUACGAAUAAAAGUGGUCUAACGUUGAUUAUUCAGUGUUUUGUCACACUUCUACAGACAGCACUUUUCUAAUGUCAGAUAGAUAGAUAGAUAAAGUCUUUAUUGCACAAAUUAAAAGUGAAAACAAGAAAUAACAAAAACAAUAAAUAUAUAUAUAUAAGGUGCGCAAAGGCGGUCUUAUAUAUAUCGCGAUCUCCUCCAGACAACCAUUUAGGGUAGAGAAUUCAGAGUGUGACAAAACACUGUUUCCACCAAUACGGCACCAUUGUACAUGCAAACCAUUAGCGAAUGCAAUUUUUAGUUUAGCGUAUUUAAUAAGACUAUUCGAGUUAAAAGAGAAAAACAUUUAUUUGUUAAUAAAAACAUUUAGAAGACAA